CUCUUCCCCCCUCCACCCACACACACACACAAACGUUUCUCGUAUCUCAGUCAGUUCUCAUCUUCCUGUUCAUCGUCCCUACUAGCUGCACAACGCUCUAACAGCCCGAGUGAGCCAGUACGUGGUCUGCAGGGAUGGCGGCCAUCACGGCAAGCCAGUGCUUCCGCCUCAAGCUGCUGCACAUACUGGAGACUGCCGGCCAGCAGGUGAUGACCUACACUCUUCUAUGCGGGACGGCAGGCAAGGCGCCCUCCGACACACUGGAGCAAUACCUUCAGAAUCUUCCACAGGGAUCCACAGCCAACUAUGCCAAGGUGGCGAAAAAAUCCAAAUGCUUCAACUCUACUGACCAGACACAGAUAAUAAAUGACACGACAUGCACAACAUUUGACAUAACACUGCUGCAUAAGGCCAUCAAAAUUUCCUGUGAAAACGUGGCGAGUCUGCACCCGGUUAAAAAUAAUCCCGAUAUGUGGAACUCAAAAACCCUCGUGCAGCCUUGGGAUCUGGAGUACUAUGUCACAAAGAUAAAGGACACCAGAAAUGAAGUGGUGCACGAGCACCAACCCUUUACAGAGGCAGACUUCCUAAAAGAAGUGGCCGAUCUGAUUCUGCUCUUCGUUAGUUCCUUGAAGGCCACGAAGGACCGUUACGCCAGGGACGAUGCCGAGUACCAGGCCAAGGAGGACGCUAUGCUGGACACUGUGAAGGACAUCCGGGCGGAAAACCUUGGGGAGGACGAGAUUUUACAAAGAUCAACGACGAUGUUGCUGCCGCUCCUCAAACAGGAAACAGACAAAGAAUUAAGGACCAGGCUGGAUAGUGCACGGUACAUUGACCCCCUCCACUUCCUGAGUGGCGUCCAAGGCCAGAGAGUGGAGGUAAGCAAUAUUUUUUGUGACAUCAUUCUCGCCGAGGAGAAGAGGACGGCACGCCAAGGGGAGGUCAAUGAGAUUCCUUACCUGGAGAUGCUGCAUCUGUGUGACGAUGCGGGCGCGUCCGCGUCGGGGGGUUCGGCGCGGCCACACAUUCUGGUGGUGGAAGGUGAGGCGGGGAGCGGCAAAACCACACUGGCCACGUUCCUACUGAACCAGUGGCUCGAGCGUCCGUGUGACCGCCGCGUGCAGGGACUGCAGCUAUACGACCAAUUGCUAUGGGUGGUGUGCCGGGACCAGAACAGCUCCUCACUUAGGGACUUCCUGAAGGUGCUGCUGCACGAGUCGUAUUUCCGGUACGGCCACCUCUUGCUGCCUCUACUCAAAAAGUGUCGCGUCCUGAUUCUCAUUGACGGUUUGGACGAGAGGAACGACGUCUCCCGUCAGCUGGUGACGGACAUCCUCGGCGAGACGGCGGCCACCACUUUCACCAUCGUGUGUACCUCGCGGCCAGAGAGUGUGCCGGACAUGAAGACGCGGGCGCGAGCCAACUUCCAUGUGUCCCACGUUAAGAUGCUGGGCAUCGACCACACAGAGAGAACAGAGCUAGUGGUGCGGCACUACGCCUGGGUCACCGGGGGCGCCAAUACCGCCGCCAACACCGCCGCCCUCAGACGAGUAAUGCAACACAUUGGCUCCAGGGAACUGUUUCGGCUGCCCAUCAACCUGCUGUUCCUUGCCACCUUGUUCUUUUACGAUCCCGACAAAGUGUCCGUCACCAUCACUCAGUCUGAGCUGUACCAGUUUAUCCACAUGUGGUGUGAGCAGAAGCUGCAGGACAGGCUUGGUGCGGCCUCCCAGGCAGGGCGCGCUAGAGUGUUCCGUCAGGGCGGGGUAGCGGGAGUGUUGAGUGUGAUGUACAAAGUAGCGCUGAAGGGGCUGCUGCAGGGCCGCGUCUACCUCAGCGACGAGGACCUGCGGGGCCUGCGCGACGAGUGCAUCAAGCAGGAUUUGGACCCCGAGGAGGUGUUGCCAGCUUUCUACAAUCUGCGGCGGGAGGUGAGCUUCGGAGUGGUGACGGAGAGCUACUGCCACCCGCACAAGGGCCUGCAGGACUUUUUUGGUGCCAAACACAUCGCAGAACAGCUCGAUCAAUAUAGGGAGGGUGCCAUAAAGCGUGUUCUGCAGGUCAGCUCAGCGGGACAGGACCCUCGCUUGGACCAGCUGAGGAACAUGCUGAUUCAUCUUCUUGGGUUGCUGACGCGGCAGAGGGGCACCGUGGCCACGGCCAUGCAGGAGGCCGUGGACCUGUUGCGCCAAUCUGGGGUGAAGAAGAAUGACGAGUGGCUGUUCCUGCUGGCCGACACCGGGGCCCACGACGUCGCUGUGCAGCGCGUGGUGCAAAACCUCAACGUCUUCCACGAGGACGAGAUCAUCUAUGUCCUGGACGGCACGGUGAACGCCGCCUCCGUGCUGCUACCGCGCCUGCCGCCGCGGAAGGUGCGCGUCCACCUAACGCGGGAGCCAGCCAACGUGGACGACCUGGAGCGGGGUCUCGCCGGCCACAUCGUACGUCAUCUCAACCUGGUUUACCACUUCAGACACCCCCACCAGCACGCCGCUUCGGCCUCAGCUCACCUCCUGCGCCACAUCCCAAGGAGUGACUUGUGGAUGUUCAUCGGCCACCUGGACGAUGGACACCUAAAGCUUCUCCCUCGAGGUCUGCAGCAGUUGUACCUGGUAGUGGCGGGCAGUGACCAUGCACGCAGUCUCCUGCCAGCCCUCGCAAAGGCCCUGUCCGACCUCCCGAGCCUCCAGACUAUCGAGCUGCAUGUCCCCGUGGCCGCCGUGACUCCCAGCGCCGUGAGCCGCCUGCCCGCCACCGCCCCCAGCGUCAGCCUCGUCCUCUCCGGGGUGACGGACCAGCUCGCGGGGGCAGCCGGGAAGAUUGUGGCGGCCCUCAAGCCACCGAAGAAAGGAUUCUCGGCCUUGAACUUCCCCGGGGCCACGCUGGAGUUGAGAGGAUGGGAAGCCUUCAUCCAGGAGCUGCAUCAGGCCGACGUGACGGUGAGGAGCAGCGUGUUGGUGCCCGACACGCACAUCACCGACGACGAGGCGGACACACUCAGCGCCAUCACCACCACACGCCUGGGCUGCCGGCUCUUCAGGCGAGGCGAGAGAGCGAUGUGGCCGUAAGCAAAUGCCUGUGCCGAUGACACAGGUAACGACAUGCAUCUCCGGUGAACGCUGGCACGUACCUGCACAGCCGAAAGCCGCGGAUAAGGAGAUUUAGGCGGGCCACUCACCAUAUCUUGCUUCUGUGCCGCUCAUGGUCCCUGCCUGCCUGCUGCCUCCUACGCAGCGGCGCUCCUUUCAUAACAGGAACUGGUGAAAUAACAAAUAUCACUACUUUUAUAUCUCAAUGUUAAACCGUGUUCUGGCAAAAGCCAGCUGAGCAGCAUGGAGGUAAGGUGGCGUCUGGGGGCCCAUGACCAAACUCUCCCUGUCUAUUUCAGACAGGGAGAGUUUGGUAAAAAAAAAUAAAAACACCUGUACGUCGUAACUUGUUGAGUUGUAGUGCAGCUGACUUGCCUGAUGGAUGAGCCUCCCAUAACUCAUAUUACGAGGGGGGUACCUCUUUGGCCGACUGGUUAAGGAGUGGCUUUCUUAUCUCGAUCGCUGGUCGCGGGUUCGAUUUCCGGCGCCGGCAACAUCUUUCCUUGUCUGGAUUAAUUUCUUGUGUGUUUCGUUAUACACGGUGGUCGUGUGGGAGUUGAGUAAAGAGAAAAUUCUUGCGUUUCAGAGUGUCGCCAAUGUUUUGCUUCUAUAUCACGGUAGGCCCACGUAUGUAGCAUUCAGCCAUCUGUAGCAGAGGUUUCCAAUCUUUCUUGACCCCGUUACUAGUAGUCACUGGCCUUGUAAAGCAUUUAUAAGUAACGUUAAUAAGGCCGCUGGCACACGAGCGACGUGUGGUCGCCACGCCGUAACGGGGAUGUGGCUUCUCAUGUUUCAUUGCUCGAACCCUUUCACGUACACGAUCGAGCGACUGUAGCGAGGAGACGCGGAUCCCCGCCACAAGUGGCGUCGCUUUGUGGCUUGGACCUGCACACAUAGACCACUUGUGGUUGCUCAGUGGCGGGCAAAGCUGCGACUCGCCAAUCGUUCACCAGACUGGAUAAGCUGGAGAGGCGUGUGUAUUUCUCUGCCGCAGAAAACCUUACACACGAGCGACGCUGCAGCGUCGCUCAGCCGAGCCACAAAUUGCGUGUAACAGCGUCAUAAAAGCUACUCGUGUCGUCACGGUGUGGCGACCACAGUUCGCUCGUGUGCCUGCGGCCUAACUCUGAUAUAAGUCACAUAAUCCUGCUGAACAAUUAUUAUGUUCUGACCCUUAUAAGUAAUAUAUAAUUUUUCAUAUGUAUCUAUCAUUAAACAUGAGUUGCGUAUAAAUGUUGGAGUAGAGUCGAUGGUGCAAGGCAGCGAGGGAGAAAUAUAUUCAUAAAGAUUGUAAUAUAUGUACAAAAAUAACGGAAAAUAUCAGUUUUUUUCUCUUUAGAGAGAGCGGAGGGAGCGAAGGCUGUUAAAUGAUGCAAGAAAAUGUAAAUAUAAGUAACAGACAUUUGAAGGAUAUUAUAGUUAGCACAAUGAAUGUUAUAGCUGGGUGCAUGGCCAGUAGCAAGGAGUUUGAUUUUAGUGUACGUAGUACUGUGCAGUACUAGGUACGCUUACCUAUAUGUGCCAGGCCAGGGGGUCACACGCUCAAACACUAUGUCCUGCAGUGUUCUGCUAUUAGUGCCUACCGCCCACAGGGCCACUGGGACCUGCCUGGGCUGGUGGGCUGGUUCAUUAACAAUAAUGUUCUCUCAGCUGUGCUUAGUGAGUAUCCUGCAUUUGCCUCUAGAUUGUAGUCCAUAUGUACAGUCCCUUAUGUCUGCUCCCUUGACUAAAUCAAGGCCUUUAUUUUUUAGCACUUGUCCCCCACCAUUGCAUCUUUUUAGCUUCCUGGUGCUGCUUCCACAUGUAUCCUUAGUUGUAUAAUCACACUCUGUACUGCCUGGGGGUUGGGAUGGCAUGCGCCUCCCUUCUCCUUUGCUGUUUUACUUGCAACAAUAAACUAUCAAUCAAUCAAUCAAUCGUACUGUCGGUGUGUAUGGUGAAUAAAUUAAACUUUAUGAAGACGGCAAUGUUAAGGAAAUCUUUAUUUAUAAUUGUAUAUAAAUAAAAUUGAGGCUGUA